AAACGAAAAUCGACAGUGCGAAUUUCGGUUCCCAUAGGUAGUUCAGAUAAUUUGGAUAAAAUAUCGGUUAUUAAGUGUAAAAUAUCAAAUAAUUAGGAUGAUUUAGAUAAAUUUUUUGGAUAAUUCAGAUUACUUUGGAUAUUUCAGAUACAACUAUCCAGAUAGUUUAAGAUACUUUUGGGUAGUUCGAAUACUUUAUAAUAAUUUAGUUAUCCUCAACUAUUUUCAGAUACUUUUAAUAGAAUUUUAAAUUAAAAAUAUAUAUAUUUAAUAUGUUAUAUGUAUAAGAUUAAUAUUUUAUAUAUUCGGGUAUCCGUUCGGUUCUCGGUUUGGUUCUGGUUUGGUUUGGUUAUUUCAGAUAUAAAAAUAUAUGAACCAUUCGGAUAUUUGAAGGUAUUGGUCCAGUUCCAGUUUCGGGUAUUUCAGUUCGGUUUUGGUUCGGUUCUUCGGUUCCGGUUGUUUUGCCCAAGCUUAACUAGGGUGCCUCCACAAACUUUAUUCAUGUUUAGUUCGCAUUUGUUCGCACCAAAUACAAAAAAAAAAAGAACGUAGAGCUAGAGAACACUGUAGAAGACACUCAAACAUGGCAAGCAUUACAUGAUUGGAAACUACUAGCUUUUGUCGAGGAGAAUCUAACCGGGUCACCCAACUGGUUUGCAAUUUUGGCAAACAACGAAAGUCUAAGUGUCCGAAUGGAGGAGCGGGACAAGUGCAGAUCUCCUGCACAUGCAGUUCUUCCGCACUGCAUUCACCAUUCAUCAUUUUCUGUUUACAAAAGCAGUUCAAGCAGGAGAUCUGCAUGCAGUUCAAUAUUUUUUGUCUUUUUGUGGAAAAAGGACAUAUCUCACCCGCCAACAUUGGUGGUGUUGAUCUGCUUUUUUUUUUUUUGUUUGGUCAAUAAAUAACUUUGUUACAACACGUAACUUUAAAAAUAUAUUUAUCUAGUUUUAUGAAUACAAUAUUUUUAUUUUAUUUUAUUUACAACUUUAACAAUACAAAAUUAUCAUUCUCUACUUAUUUUUUUUGUUAUAUAAUUUUUUAUUUUUAUAAAUAAAAAAAUAAAAGAAGUAUAAAUAUCUUAUAAAAUAUUUACAGGUAUUUUGGCCGAUCCUGUAACAUCUAAGAUAUUUGUUUAGAUAUCUAAGUGUCAUUUUUAUUGUUUAAAUAUAUGAUAUAUAGUUUUAAACUGAUUUUGUCAUUCAUAAGUUAUAAUAAAUUAUUUGAUCUGGUUUUCUCCUGCAUGAUCCACUUGAUCUGCACUUGUUCCGUUUGAUCUGCACUUGUCCUGCUUGAUCUGCAUGAUCUGUUCUGCUUGAACUGCUUUUACCCUUUAAAGCCUAAGUUUUCAAUAUAAUCCCUCCUCCAUGAUCAAAAUUUAAUGAAUAUGAUUGAUUGGCUGGCCUACUCCAAAUGUUUAGAUAGGAGAAAAAGAGUUGCAAGUUCCGACAUUUCAACAUCUCCAAAGUGAUUUUUGAAUUGAUUCGGAAAAGUCAUCAUCAUAUAAUAGAGAGCAGAUUUAGUUAUCAAUCAUCGAAAAUUGCAGACUAUACGAUGUCUGGUCGGUUUCUAACAUGAUUUGUAGUAUAUCAAAACGGGUCCCACUCACGCGCCGCUUCUUUACUUAUGAGUCUGACUCAUCGCCAAAGCAAAAAUCAUCAAAAAAAGAAAAUCUCUCUCUCUCUCUCUCUCUCUCUCUCCACGCUUACGCCGGCAUACUCUCCGGGCAUCUCAGAUCCUCAAGUGAAACAGUGGCUGUAAAUCUCGUUUUACUUCAUACCAUACCAGAUUAGGAAGAAGAAGAAGAAACACUGGUUUUUGGAUGUGUAAAUGAGCAUUAUUCACAGAUGUUAUUUGCAGCAGAAGGUGGAGGCUUCUUCUCUUCAUCAGCUUCUGGGUACAGCAACGGUUUAGCCCUUCUUCUACUAGGCCACAAGGAUGAACCCAAACCUGUAAUAGUAUCCCCGUGGAGACAUUAUCAUUUGGUAGUCGAAGAAACCGAUACCAAGUUUCAAUUAGAUUCUUCUAAGAAAUGGCUCUGCACUUCCCUUACAUGCUUUGGUCGCAAAUCUGAUAGACCCGACAAUCCUUCCCAACCACACGAUUUCCCUUCUGACAAGAGGGAUGGUGCCCAACAGAGUGUGGACUAUGAAUGUUGUAGUAAUAGGUUUGCACUUAAGAGCAGCCUCAAGAAAAGAUCAUUUAGCGAUGCUCUUCUUGCUGAUGAUGAUGUGAGUAGAGAUAAUGGUGUGUUGAAUCAUGCUGACAGAAGGAAAGUCCAGUGGCCUGACACUUGUGGUAUUGAGAUUGCUGAGGUCAGAGAGUUUGAGCCUAGUGAAGUGGAUGGAUUGGAUGAUGAGUUGCAUCAUGGAAAUAGAAAAAGCUGUAUGUGCACAAUCAUGUGACCAGAUCUUCGAUCAAGAAGAAGCUAAAGGCAUGUUUUCAGACACAAAAGGGCUUUCAUUGGCACAGCUCAUAUUGUUGAAUGUUGAGAUAGAUGCGCUCUGUUUCUGGCCAACUUCUUGUGCACCUUUGACAUAUAUAUAUAUAUAUGGCUAAAGAGAUGCGUAUAGUUUUGGAUAAGAGGAACUUUUAGAUGUGUACCUACCACUUGAUGAUUUGUCCAAUUUGUGCUGUGUUAUAGAGGUUAUUCAAUGUAACAUCAUCUGUCUAUGGAACCCUCUGUCCUGUAAUGAUAAAAAAAAAUCCACACAACAACUUUUGGAGUUGAAAAUUCAACAAAAAAAAAGGAUUUCAAGUGUUAAUUCUUCAGUUUCCAUGUUUUAGUUGCCAAUGUAUUCCAGUCAUAAUCAUUUUGUUCAAGUGAUAGUGUAUAGUUACGUUCAUGCGCAUGGGAUUAUUUCCAAAGGUACCGGUAACCAAAAUCCGUUUAUAAUAAAGCUGAGACUUGGCCAUGUCUCAUCCAUACAGAGAUUACCAUAGACUAUACACAACAGUUGCUUCAACUAAAGAAACCCAUUAACGAAAUAAAGAUGUCAGUGGCUUCGCCGAUUCAAUGUAUCAGGAUUCUUAAUCCUUCUUCUUCUACAACUUCGUCGUCUUUCUGAUUCUCUACGAGUAAGCCAUGUGUCUUUAUGAUUAGAUGUUCUCAGGCCGAAGGCCCUCUGCUCCUCCUACUCUCCGGGAGCCUUCACUUCCGCAAAAACCUGUUCCUCCUCCUCUUCUUCUUCUCCACCGCUGUGGCUGUUGAUGGUAAGAGUGUAGUUACGGUGGAGUUUCAGAGACAGAAGGCUAAAAGGCUUCAAGAAUACUUUAAGCAGAAGAAGCUUGAAGCUGCUGCUCAAGGUCCCUUCUUUGGUUUCCAACCCAAAAACGAGAUCUCCAAUGGAAGGUGGGCUAUGUUUGGUUUCGCAGUCGGGUUGCUUACAGAUUACAAAGUAUGCGACAGGCUCAGACCUUGUCGACAAUGUUAAAAUCCUUCUUUCCAAUUUUGGCAUUUUAGACUUGGAAUAAUAAAAGAGUGUUCUACUUAUCCAUAGACCCCUUUCUCGUCUCUCAGUCUUCAUCUUGUUGUUCAUUCUUCUUCCUCUAUAUGUAUCUACAAACACAGGGCCAUUUGUGUAUUCAACCACUUUUUAUCUUCAA